CUCUAUACCAAUAACUAACAGAUUCACUAAAGGUAGUGCAAACUAGAUAAUCACAAGCAAAAAUAUUCUCCCGCCUAAAACAUCAAAUUAUGCAAAAUCGGUGCAAUUCUCCCUACACUCUACAAUCCGAUUCUCCACAAACACAAAAUCAGGGAAGAAAACCCAACCUGGAGACACAAGGAAGAGAGUAGAGCGAGGGAGAGGGCGGGAGAAUGCCGACCAAAGGCUGGACCAUGAAGGCGUUACUGGAGGAAAUUUUCGACGAGGCAAAAACGAGGCUAAGGGGAAUCAGAGGGCGACGGGCAGUGCUCCUCGUCGAGACAAGACCAGGGCCGCAAACAGUGCCUCUAUCGGAGGUGGGAAACGGUUGGAAAAUGUCGGCGAAGCAAUGGGGUGUCGGCGGCGGCGAGUGAUAACGAUGUAUUUGCACAUGUUUAUACCCUCAUUUAUUAUCUGUUUAUGACUCCUAGUCGUGUAUCUUUGGCCUAUUUUACGCUGGGUUAUGCUAUUUUGUCACAUUUCAGGUCCCAAACGUCGAAGGAAGGGCUAGGCAUGAGUUUGCGGGCAUUUGGUGGUCGUCCGGUGAAGCUGGGGCAAAAACACGGGCAACCCACUCCGGAACACGGUCGUGAUCCCCAGACCGUGUUUUUAAUGCCGAGAGCAUGUUUGUGGUGGCUGCUGAGGAAUCCAAAACACAGGCACCCUUGGGGAGAAAAACACGGUCGUGUCACUCCUUGGGCACGACCGUGUUUUGAUCGGCGCAGGCGUGUUUUCAACACACGAGGCAAAACACGACCGUAUACUCGGCCGUGUUUUGCCAGUCUCUGGUUAAAAGGAGAUUUCAAGCCAAAGAGAAGGGGAAUCCAAUUUUUAGAGAUAGAAAGCAGAAAACCUAGAGAGAGUGUGACGAAUAGAACUUCCAAGUGCCC